UCCGGUCUUCGGCAUCACUUCCUAUGCAAACGCAUUUCUUUCCCAAAGAGUUGCAUUCCAAUGCCAAGAGUCACUUGCAUUUCUCUUCAUUCCUCAAAUGUAAUGCCAAGCCCUGCACAGCUCCUCAAAGCCCUCUCCUACGCUGCUUUCUUCAAUCUGUUGCUUCUCAUCACACAAGCUGUGCACAUGCUUUAAAACAUGGCUGGAAUUGGUAGUCUUGUUGAUCUAUUACUUUUCUACACACUCGAGAGAAUUCUUUACAAUAGAAUGGUAUGCUCACUGGGCCAAAACUCCCAGCAAGUCAAGAAAGCAAUUGCCCUUUGGCUAAUGCUCGAGGAAAUUGGCUACCAUGAUCUAAUCCGAACCAUAAACUCCUUCGAUAACACCACCAUUGAAUCCUUAUUUUAUGAGGCAUUGCAGUGCUUAUUAUGCAUACACCCGAAUUCGGCCCAACCAUUUGAAUCAGAUGAAACUCCAAUUUUUACAGGCCUUUUUGACGAGCCUAUGAACCCGAGGUUCUUUUACUACAACAGAGAAUUCAUGUUCAAGCGCUACAUGCACAUCAUGGAAACGGUUUGUGAUCAAAUCUUUGGCGAGACCAAGGCUGUAGAAGUUGACGAGUCAAGUUUGAGGCCAGCAAUUAACCCCUUUGGAGAAGGGUCUGGUACUGGACAUGAAGGUAUAGCAAUGUAUGCUGCAGGGACUUCUAGUAGGGCUAGUGGUCAAGUAAUUGGUGAGAAAUCUAGGCAAUCAAGCUUGAAUCCUGAUGCCAGUGAAUUUAAUCCUGGACAGGCCCCUGAAGAUUCUCGGACAAUGUUCCUAACUUUCUCAUUGGGCCACCCUCUAAGCCGCGAUGAAAUUAUUGAUUUCUUUACAUCGAACUGUGGGGAAGUAGUACAGAAUGUUUUCAUUGAAAGUACUCAACCAGGCAAGGAUCCACAGUUUGGACGAAUUGUGUUCACUAAUUCCUUGGUGAUACCAAGAAUACUUAAUGGACAAACAAAAGCCAAAUUCAUGGUGAAUCGUAAGCAUCUAUGGGCUCGUAUUUAUGUGCCUCGUCGCAGAGGUAGCAGCUAGCUUGGUAAAUGAUGGAGCAGAAAACAUUAGAGAUGAUUUAAUUAGAAGUUUAUAGCAGUAAAAAAUCUAACAUUACUUCUUGUUAGUGCUUCUGUUUGAACUACACAUGGUUGCAGAAUAUUACUGGCUGCUAUCUUAGUUAUAAAUUUCCUGGAAUUAA